CAGGAAAAGUUACCAGAUAUUCCAGUCGCGGGGAUGUAUAACAAAUAUGGUGGAAAAGUCAGGUUAACCUUCAAACUCCAGUUGGAUCAACUAUGGAUUGGAACAAAAGGUUUGUUGUACGUUUAUCUGAUAGCAGGAUCUUACUUUUAAUUUUUGGCCAUAAUUCACAAUGUCCGCUCAGUAGAUACCCAGCGUAAUUAGCAACGAGCACGCUGACGUCCCGGACGUCAUGAAUACAGUAGCAACCGGAAGUUCGAUGUCUCGCUUGACGGAACGCUUCUGUCUCACACAACGAAUCUGAGUACCUUUGUUUUAACUCCUGCUGUACGUAUUUGUCGAGUCCGGUUGCCAUUUUUGACGUCCGGGACGUCAACGUUCUCUUUGUUUAAGGUCCCUAUUAACCCCUGCACCACCCGUAACCGUCCUUUUAGAUCCAUGUCGCUUGUACGACAUGUGAGGUCACCAGUUUAAACGGUCAUGGGUAUUUUUUUUUUCUUAUAACUAAUUUGUGAAGGGGGGAGAGGUCUUUUAAACGUUACCUGAAUAUCACCAUUCAGUUAAACAGGGCACAGAAAAACGCAAAAAAGAAGCAAAAAGUUGACCAGAAAAUUCUCGGAGCUAUGAAGCUCUCAGAAACCUUUAUUUUCGUUUUCAUGAUCCGCGCGAUCGCUGGAAUUCCCUCGGCUAUUACCUCGCCCUAUCCGCACCCUGUCGAUGCUGUCCAAAAUAUUCCACUGUUCAUUAACCUGUCCACAGGCGUUUUUUCCCCCCCGAGGAUUCGGCCGUGCUUUCACUCGCACGCGAGAACGAGCACGACACGCGGGGAAAAAAACAAUUUUCUCCUUUCCCCACCCACACCCCCAUGCGUUUCCGGUUUUUAUUUUCACGCGCGCGCUCGACGAUCUCUAAUGAGAAAACAAAGGGUCUCUGAACAGGCUAAUUGUUCAUCUAAACAAGUUCAAGGGCUGUCAGCGUGAUCUUAUGUGAUCUUACAUGUUUAUUCUUUAAAUCUUAUUUCGCUGUAAACUGCGCUGCUAGUCGCACUGCUAUAAAGGAAGCUGAAUUUUAUCAUUUGUUUGCAGAACGAACGGAAAAAAUACCAAUGGGGUCAAUAAAAAAUGUCAUCUCCGAAUCAAUUGAAGGCCAUGAGGAGUAUCAUAUUAUGGUAAGCCUAAAGUCGGCUUUACAGGAUGUCAAGUCCAUUUUUCUUAAUUUUAGCUCGCUUUAUUGUAUUGUCCUCUGGCACUACCGAAACUGUAAUAGCUAAAGAACGUUUUAAGUGGCUCACAUUUGCACCAGAGCAGUGCGAAAGCAGUUGGAAUUUAGUACAACUGAUGUAGGUGGGCUGUUCUCCGAUCAAGCUCUACAGAUUUUCUCAAUUUUACCAUUCUGCGAUGUAAACUUUUAUUUAAGACAAGUCUCCGAUUGUACGAUUCUUCCGAUUUUAGUGUGCUAUUGUCCGACGAUUCUCCGAUUUUUCCUGGAGAGCGCGAAAUUUUACACUUGUCACAAGCUUGUUUCGCCCCGUGCCAUAAAGAUGGAGAAAUAUUCAGGACGUAACUAAUCGAUAUUUUCGAUACUCGAUAGAAAUCGAACGUAAUCGAUCGUAAUCAAUAAUAAUAAUAAUAAUGUUUAUUUCUUAUAUUGCGCAGUCUAGCAUGCGAUAAAGAUAUGAUCGAGUGCGCAUUACAACACUAAAAUCUUAAAUCUUAAUCGAUACUAAUCAAUCGAUUAAUAUCGGAAAUCGAUAGAAAUCGAUCACUCGCGUCUUUGUGAUUUUCGAUUUUGAUCGAUUUCUGUAAUUAGCUAUCGAUUUUAUCGAUUUGUUCGACAAUGAUCGAAAUGAAAAUGGACGAAGAUUCUCCGCGCUCCGUAAGCCACGAGAACGGAGAACGAGAACGAGAACGGACGACAGUUUGCCAAUUUCUACAUUAGUGACUCCGGCUAUUUACCACGAUUCUGACAAUUCUAGAGUACAAAUUUACAGCAGUGAUCCUGGUACAAAAAAUAAAUAAGAAAAGUAGCUACCAUUGGAGAAAGAAGUAACAUCAUCUUUAUCAACAAAGCGGAUUCUAAGGUAAGCUUGAAGGUAAGUGUUACGCAGUGUUGUGAUAAGAUCAGAUCACGUUUCAGAUUUUCGAUUUCCAUAGAUGCGACAAAAAAUUUGUGAUUAUCGAUUUCAAUCGAUUAAAUUGACUAAUCAAUCGACAAAUAUCGAGUACUAUCGAGUAUUAUCGAUUAAUCGAUUACAUUUUCGAUGAUCGAUUUCUAUCGAUUAGUUACGUCCUGAAUAUUACAUGUGAAGCGCGCUUGUUUCACUUUAUGGCUUGAAGAAGGAGGAAUAUUCCUAGUUUGGCACGCUUGUUUUGCUUUAUAGCGGAAAAGACGAGGACUAUAAACGUUUGCAGCGAUUUUUUUCUCAAAAAUGGUAGUCACAAAAAGAACGAAAUUUUAAAAGAAUGUAGAAUCGAAACAAUCGGGCAAGAGUCGGAGAAUCGUAAAACGAAACUUGAGAAUCAGAAGAAUAGGAGAGUGGCAACUGAAUAAUGGACCACAACUAUUAUUUUACUAUUCUCCGAUUUGGCACUUAUCUCGCACUCUCCUGAAUUGCACCUAGCACAGUUUGGGGGUAAACGCUGAAUUGAUUAUUUUGUGUUGCAGGCUAUUCAGCUCGGGCCAACAGAAGCUUCUCGAUAUUGGAUCUACUGGGUACCUGCGCAGUACGUGGAUGCUAUAAAGGACACUAUUCUGGGAAAAUGGCAACCGUUCUAG